CACUCUUGUGACAUCACAUGCAAAUGAGGCAGGUGGCGAGAGGUGUUAAGUAUAUAAGCAGGGAAGCGUCUUGGUCUCAGCACCUUGCUCUUCCUUCAGCUUGCCUCAGCAUCUCUGCUCUCACACCUCCACCUGCAACACCACCACAAUGGCAUUCGCUGGAAAAUGGGAAACUGAAACCCAGGAGGGAUACGACGAUUUCUGCAAGGUUCUCGGUAUCCCCGCUGACAUCAUUGAGAAGGGCCGUGACUACAAGCUGAUCACAGAGGUGACCCAGGAUGGUGAUAACUUCACCUGGACCCAGAUCUACCCCACAAACGCCAAGGUCUCCAACUCAUUCACCAUCGGCAAGGAGUGCGACAUGGAGACCAUCGGAGGAAAGAAAUUCAAGGCCACAGUGAAGAUGGACGGAGGCAAGCUGACCACAACCUUCCCCAACUACGAACACAUCACUGAGAUCAGCGGAGGCAAGCUCGUCGAGACCUCCAAAGCCGGGUCUGCAGUGCUGAAGAGAACCAGCAAGAAGCUCUAACUGCUGACUGACUAUAAACAUCUUUAACAGUUACAAUGGAGACCUCAGAACUACAGCUACUGCAAAAAAAAUAAAUGAAUACUAUAAUUCUA